GGUGGCUACUUGAGGACCGGGUGGGGACAUUUCCCCGGCCCGCGCCCCGCAUGGUCAGGACGGCCAGCUGGGGGCGCCCGGGCUCUCACACCCACGGGCGGGAACUCCAGUGUGCCGUGCCCUCGGCGGCGGUGGCGGCAGAUCUGAGGAUCCGGAAGGUCCUGUCAGCCCAUUCCAAACAUCCUGAAGACACCAGUGACCAAGACUCAGUGGCUGGAGCCGGUGCUAUGUGCCCAUGGAGCUACAGGCUCUGGGUGCCUCUGCCCAGUCCUGACUGCUAGCCUCAGAGAAGUCAAAGGCCUGGGCCACAUUCAAGAGUGUCAGUAGACAGAUGUACCUCAGGCCGUGGGUCUCCUAAGCAGGCCGCUGGACUAGGCCACUGGGGAAGAAGAUGCCAGCCAAGGGGCGUUACUUCUUAAAUGAAGGUGACGAGGGCCCCAACCAGGCAAAGCUCUAUGAGAAGUACCGCCUCACCAGCCAGCAUGGGCCACUGCUGCUCUUGCUCCUUUUGGUGGCUGUGGCCGUCUGCGUAGCGCUCAUCAGCAUCACCUUCAGUCAUGAGGAUCCCCCGAGGCACAAGGCUCUCCUGGGCACUGCGUUCUUCCUGCUGACGCUGUUUGUGGCUCUCUACGUGCUGGUGUAUGUUGAGUGCCUGGUGCGGCGGUGGCUGCAGGCCUUGGCUCUGUUCACCUGGCUCUGCCUCAUGCUGCUCGGCUCCGUGCUGAUGUGGGACUCCUGGAAGAACGAAGCCUGUGCGUGGGAGCAGGUGCCGUUCUUCCUGUUCAUCGUCUUUGUGGUGUACGCCUUGCUGCCCCUCAGCACUCGGGCAGCCAUCACAGUGGGGAUGGUCUCCACCAUCUCCCACCUCCUGGUGUUUGGAGCUGUGACCGGAACCUCCAAGACCGCCAUGUCUGGCGCACAGCUGGGACUGCAGCUUCUGGCCAACGCCAUUAUCCUCCUGGGCGGGAACUUCACGGGGGCCUUUCACAAGCACCAGCUACAGGAUGCUUCCCGGGACCUCUUCAUCUACACCGUCAAGUGUAUCCAGAUCCGCCGGAAGCUGCGUGUGGAGAAGUGCCAGCAGGAGAACCUGCUGCUCUCGGUGUUGCCAGCCCAUAUAUCCAUGGGCAUGAAGCUGGCCAUCAUUGAGCGCCUCAAAGAGGGCGGUGACCGCCGCCACAUGCCCGACAACAACUUUCACAGCCUCUACGUCAAGCGGCACCAGAAUGUCAGCAUCCUGUAUGCAGACAUCGUGGGCUUCACGCGGCUGGCCAGUGACUGCUCCCCCAAGGAGCUGGUGGUGGUGCUCAAUGAGCUGUUCGGGAAAUUCGACCAGAUUGCCAAGGCCAACGAGUGCAUGCGGAUCAAGAUCCUGGGUGACUGCUACUACUGCGUAUCGGGCCUGCCUGUGUCGCUGCCCACCCACGCCCGCAACUGCGUGAAGAUGGGUCUGGACAUAUGUGAGGCCAUUAAGCAGGUGCGUGAGGCCACAGGAGUGGACAUCAGCAUGCGGGUGGGUAUCCACUCCGGCAAUGUGCUGUGUGGGGUCAUCGGGCUUCGCAAGUGGCAGUAUGAUGUGUGGUCCCAUGACGUGUCCCUGGCCAACAGGAUGGAGGCGGCUGGAGUCCCUGGCCGGGUGCACAUCACAGAGGCGACACUGAACCACCUGGACAAGGCGUACGAGGUGGAGGAUGGGAACGGGCAGCAGCGCGACCCCUAUCUGAAAGAGAUGAACAUCCGGACCUACCUGGUGAUAGAUCCUCGGAGCCAGCAGCCACCCCCACCCAGCCAUCACCUCCCCAAGCCCAAGGGGGAUGCGACCCUGAAGAUGCGGGCUUCAGUGCGUGUAACCCGUUAUCUCGAGUCCUGGGGUGCAGCGCGGCCCUUUGCACACCUCAACCACCGGGAGAGUGUGAGCACCAGGGAGACCCCCAUUUCCAAUGGACGGAGGUCAAAGGCCUCUUCACUGCGCCGACACCGUGCCCUUGCCAGGAGUGCCUCCCCCAAGGGGCGCUUGGAUGACGACUGUGAUGACGAGAUGCUCUCAGCCAUCGAAGGGCUCAGCUCCACCAGGCCCUGCUGCUCCAAGUCUGAUGACUUCCACACCUUUGGUCCCAUCUUCCUGGAGAAGGGCUUUGAGCGGGAGUACCGCCUGGUGCCCAUCCCCCGUGCUCGCUACGACUUCGCCUGUGCCACCCUUGUCUUCGUCUGCAUCCUGUUUAUCCAUCUUCUCGUGAUGCCCAGGAUGGCCACUCUGGGCGUGUCCUUUGGACUUGUGGCCUGCCUGCUGGGGCUGGUGCUAAGUCUCUGCUUCUCUACUGAGUUCUCAAGAUGCCUUCCAGCCCGAGGUACACUCCAGGCCAUCUCGGAGAGUGUGGAGACGCAGCCCCUGCUCAGGCUGUCCCUGGUUGUGCUGACUGUUGGCAGCCUACUAACUGUUGCCAUCAUCAACAUGCCACUGAUGCUUAACCCAGGCCCAGAGCAGCCUGGAAGCAACGAGACAAGUCCACUGGCUGCAAGAACUAGAGUUGGGACCCCGUGUGAGCUCCUCCCGUACUACACCUGCAGCUGCAUCCUGGGCUUCAUUUCGUGCUCCGUCUUCCUGCGGAUAAGCCUGGAAGUGAAGGCCAUGCUGCUGACAGUGGCCUUGGUGGCUUACCUGCUGCUCUUCAACCUCUCCCCGUGCUGGCACGUCCCAGGCAACAGCACCGACACCAACAGCACACAUAGGACACCUCCACUCCUGCCUGCUGCACGAAGCAUGCACAACCACACUUUUGCUCCCGGGGCUCAGGUGACAGCCCCCUUCCCCAGCAGAUGCUUAGAGAGAGACCUGAAGACCAUGAUCAACUUCUACCUGGUCCUGUUCUAUGCCACCCUCAUCUUGCUGUCUAGACAGAUUGACUAUUACUGCCGCUUGGACUGUCUGUGGAAGAAGAAGUUCAAGAAGGAACAUGAGGAGUUUGAAACAAUGGAGAAUGUGAACCGCCUCCUCCUAGAAAAUGUGCUGCCAGCCCACGUGGCUGCCCACUUCAUUGGAGACAAGGCAGCUGAGGACUGGUACCAUCAGUCUUAUGACUGUGUCUGUGUCAUGUUUGCAUCCGUUCCGGACUUCAAAGUGUUCUACACUGAGUGUGAUGUCAACAAAGAAGGGUUGGAGUGCCUGCGCCUGUUGAAUGAGAUCAUUGCUGAUUUUGAUGAGCUGCUGCUGAAGCCCAAGUUCAGUGGUGUGGAGAAGAUUAAGACCAUUGGCAGCACCUACAUGGCCGCAGCAGGGCUCAGUGUCCCCUCAGGACACGAGAACCAGGUACUCCAGGCCUGUGUCCCUAGUCCUAGCACCUUACUAAAGGGUGUCAGGGAUCCCUGGUGGGAACAGGAACCCUAUCCCCGCGGGAUGUGCGUGCCCUCAGUUAAGGCCAUCCAUGUCCUGCAGGACCUAGAGCGGAAGCAUGUGCACAUCGGUGUCUUGGUGGAAUUCAGUAUGGCCCUGAUGAGCAAGCUGGACGGAAUCAAUAGGCACUCCUUCAAUUCCUUUCGCCUUCGAGUUGGUAUAAACCACGGGCCUGUGAUUGCUGGAGUGAUUGGAGCACGCAAGCCUCAGUAUGACAUCUGGGGAAACACAGUCAAUGUUGCCAGCCGAAUGGAGAGCACUGGAGAGCUUGGGAAAAUUCAGGUUACAGAAGAGACAUGCACCAUCCUCCAGGGAUUAGGAUAUUCCUGUGAGUGCCGAGGGCUGAUCAACGUCAAAGGCAAAGGAGAGCUGCGGACUUACUUUGUGUGUACAGACACUGCCAAGUUUCAAGGCCUGGGGCUGAACUGAGGUGUCUGGUAGUCUGUCUCCUUCCCUGAGGGAGCCAAGAAUGCAGCCCCAUGCCAGCUGCAGAUGGCUGUGUGGCUUCUUUGGACUUGCACUACAGGAUGGAUGGCUCUGACACAUGCAUCAGAUUUUGUUUGAAGCAGCUACGUUGUCCAGAACCUCUGUGCUUCAGUCUGUGCAAUUCCUAGCUAGCUAGAUCACUGGUCUACUGUGGGCUGUGCUUGUUCCCAGGAUGUUGGAAGAGACCUAAUGCAUGACCACGACUGACACCGCCUCGGUAGCCAGUGAACAGCAUAUACUGACUGGGUAAAGAAUUCCUGGUUCCAGGAGGCUCAGCCAGGCUGUCCAGCAUAGGUUAAAGCCUCCCUCUUCCCAUUAGUACCCACCAUGGGAUGCUAACCUCUCAUACAGGCAUUCUGGCAAAUGGAGUUGAAAACAGUGGGCAUAUUGGCACGUAGUCUCAAUUGACAUGUCACUCUUUACCAUCUCAUUUCUGUCUGAAAUGAACAUGUCAUUAGUGGAAGUUCUAUCUUUGCUACCAACUCUUAGAUGCUAGGCAACAAUCUCCUUUCUAGUAUAUUUUCUCAGCCACUGACUACAUGUAAACAGGACUGCUGUUCAGUGUCAGGUCACAGGAUUAGCUUGGCUGUAGGGUGGAGUUCUGAGAGAGGGGGCUCACACAAGGAGCAGCAAAAACCUUGGAUCUGUAUCCAGCAUUUUUGGAAUAAGUUUACUGGGACAAGGUUCAGGAAGCUGAAAGUCUAGAAAUGAGGUGUAAUGUUUCAGUUCUUCAGUCCGCACUUUAUUUUUUUAGAGACAGUCAGCCAAGGCUGGCCUCAAACUUUCAACUCUCUUGCCUCAGUUCCUGAGUGUUUCGAAUAGAUGUGCACUACCAUGGCCAGCUUUUUUUUUCUGCGGGAAAGCCUGUGUAGAGAGGGCUUAGACAGCCUGUGUACCUCUUGCCCUUUCUCUAGUCUUCUGAGCUGACUGCAGAGCUGCAACUGUGAUCUACCUGGCAGGAACAUGUGUGAAAUUGAGCACCUAAACAAAUGCCAAGUUGCUCUCACUCACGAGUCAAGGCAAAUUCAGCUCUGUGUGAUGGCAUCUUACUGUGCUUUAGCUUCAGACCACUCCUUUUGGAAAGUGACUUCAUUGCCACAGAACUUCACUACGUCAUGGCAUUCUUAGACAUCACCAAGGAACCUACUAAGCACAGAACAUCAUGCACACAGGAGCCUGCAAAUGAUGUACGUGCUGUAGGCAGGGUGCCUGACCAGCCAGGUUUACCUGGGACUUUGGUUCAAGAUAAGUAGUCAGGGAUGCGGAGGGAAGGGGACAGGACCUACCUGCCAGAACUGUGUCCUGUGGAGCUUUAUCAGCCCAGGGAAGAGGGGCUGAUUCUAGUCUGCACAAAGGAAUCCAGCAGUGGUCAGGGCUUCCCAGCAAGGCUCCCCUGGGGCUCGGAAGGUUCCUGCUAAUGCCACAAUGCAGUUCACAGGGAGCAGGAAUGAGCCUCCCUGAAGCUGACACACUUCUACUCUUCCAACAUCCAAUAAUUUCCCCCUUCAACAGAAAUCCUAGCUUGAGUUUAAAAACAACUUGCUACUGUUCACACAUCUUCAACUGAAGCACUGGGCUAGGAGUAUUAAGUUACUGCUGUUCAGGUCUUAGGAGCGUAACUGACAAAAACACUUGGGAGUUAUGCACAUACUUGUUUUUGAAUUUCCAAGUAAUUUCUUCAAGUGUCUUAUUUUAUCUUAGGAACUGUUUUUAAACCCUUCUGUGGUUCAAGAAUUCAUUUCAGGGAUCCACUAAGGUGGCCCUCACUAACUACAGAAAGUAAUACCCUGUUCUGGCUUACUGAAGGACACUCCCCGACAAAAGAUGAUUACUGUGUACUUCAUGGAUAACAGGUCAGUGCUUUGAGCAGGCGCAGGCAAAUAACUAUGGUGUGUUCUGUAUGUGUACUAUUUAUAGCUUUACUGUAACAUCUGUCUCUCAGUGUUUCAGAAAUCAGUGCCUGGCUCUUUUAUAUGUUCAGCCAAUAACUAAAAACCUGAAUGUCCUUCAAAAACAAAACAAAAACCUCAAUGUCCUAAGGUGUUUUGAAUUAAGGUAUUUCUGAGUCUUCAGGAACUGACCUGUGGCAAGUAGAUCUACUGGUGAAUUAUGGGUUAUUGUCUAAAUAUAUAUAUCCGAGGCAAGGUUUCAUAUAACUCAGACUGUCCUCAAACCUUCCACCCCUAAUCUUUCUGUGUCUACUUCUAGAGUGCUAGGAUUACAGACAUGUGCCACUACAGCCCGUUUUUCUUUUUGUGUACGUAUGCAUGUUCAUGUGUGUGCAGGGCUACAUCUGUGGAGAUCAGAAGACAACCCUGGGUAGUAUUAGUCUUCACCUUCUACCUUGAGAAAGGGUUUUUAUGUUUUCUCAUCCGCUAGCUUCAUGCUAGCUGCCCUAUGAAUGUCCAGGGGUUGUUGAUCUCUGGCUUCCAUCUUCCUAUAGGAGUGCAGAUUAUAGACAUGCACACCACCGGAUCAGAACGUGGGUUCUGGGGAUCCAAACUCAAGUGGUCAAGCUUGCACAAGCACUUUACUCACUGAGCCACACUUCACUUGCAGCUCACUGUGGCCAAUUUAUGUGGUGCUAGGGGCUCAGAAUUGCUAGCCUUCAAGCACUCUACCAACAGACUCAUACCCUUCAGCCCCUAAACUCUAUUUUAGAGACUAAAAUCAAUCUAAAAAGACUUGAUUAACACUUGAUUUUUUAUUCUAUUAGCAUAAUAAUCUACAAGAGAGUCACACUAUAAUUUCUUCUUUCUUUCCUUUUUUUUUUUUUUUAUUUUGAGAUAGUUUCUCUGUGUAGCUGUGGCAGCAUGGAACUCACUUUGUAGACCAGGCUGGCCUUGAACUUAUAGAGAUCCAUCUGCUUCUGCAUCUUGAGUACUGGGAUUAAAGGCAUGUGUACCACCAUUCCUGGCUCCCAGAAUUUGAGAGAAUCAGCUUUCCUUUACUGUUCUUGUGCUGGCUUAAUGAUUUUAAGUCAAGAAAAAUGGGUAUAUCUUCUGGUCUGUAUUUUUGCAGACAGGCAAAGGGGUUAUGUCUUUACUAGACUAGGUUAUGUCCACACUGACAUUCUAUUUUAAAAUCAUAUGUACGUAUGUGUACAUGUGGGUAUGUACAUACAGAGCUGGUGCUUGCAGAGGCCAGAGGUACGAGGUUCUAUGGAGCUGAAGUUACAGGUGUCUUUGAGCUACCCAAUGAGGAUGCUGAGUACCUGACUCCAGUCCCCUGAAGAACAGUAUGUGUUCUUAACUGCCAAGUCUUCUCUCCAGUGCCCCCAUCUCCACCUUUUUUUUGUUUUUCCUUUUUGAGGCAGGGUCUCAGUAUGUAUCCCAACCAGACUCAGAUUCAUGACAAUCUUUUCUCAGCCCGCCAAGUACUGGGAUUGUAAGUAUGUGCUACCAUACACAGCUUGCUGUUCAAACAGGUUAUAUCUUGACACAGAUUUAGAAAAAUCAUCUCAGCCCAGUGACGUGUGAUAGUAGAAGGGGACAUUAUCUGAUGGUUUCCUACUUAAUCUGCUUGGUCACUUGACCUUUGUUAUUUCAGAUAAAGAAAUGAUCCAAGGGCACAGGUGGCCUUGGAGAAACUGAGCAGAAGCAAGUUCUCCUUUAAGUUCUAGACUCUAAUGUAUCUAAAAGUGGUUUGGUUCAUCAUAUUUGUGUGUCCUUUUGCUAUAGCUCCAGAUAACCUAAAAAAAAAAAUACACUAGACAUAUUUUAUCACCAUGAAUCUCCUAGCCCACUGUUUUUUCUUUUUGUAUGUGGGGGCAGAUGUAGUACUCAAUAAUCACAAAUAAGGAAACCAUUCCCAUCAGGUACACAGAGGGCAGAACAUACCAGGAAACCUUAACACUACCUUGAGAGUGUUCACUUUCAUGGUAUGAUGCUAGAAAGCCUCACUGGACUGAACUGCAUUUUGUGUUUACAAAGCUGGGUCCUGGGCCAGUGCGAUGGUCCAGUGAGUAAAAAGGCGU